CAAUCAGGCCGUCAGGGACCAGGAGGCCUUCCUGGGUCACUUAAUGUUCCAGAUGCUCCACUACCUGCAGUCUGGGGCCCCAGGUGACUGGAGCUUCCAACCGCCUAACGCCUCCAUGGACUCUAGGGUCGAUGUCGGAGGUGGGCAGCAGGCCCAAUCAUCCAGGCAGACUCGCCAGACGUUUUACCAACGGAGUGAUUUUGAAGAUACAUUUAUCAGCUAUGACCUGUCCAACCGUGGGAUUGACAUCUCUGCCUUAUACCACUCCAGCUUCCAGGACUACAACACCUACCAAGGAAACAAAUACCACAAGGACAAGAACACCCUGUUGACUCGGACUGACAUGCUGUACAUUGAUGAAGACCUACUGCAGUAUCCUGAUUGGAGAGGGCAACCAUUCCUGUGGAAAGAAGUAGCCUGGUUCCUGACCUCCUACUGUAAGGCACCUGCCCGCCUUGACCCAGAAAAUGUGGUUGUUCUAAAUGGCUGCUCCUCUGUCUUCUCCGCACUAGCCAUGGUUCUGUGUGAUCCAGGUGAGGCCUUUCUGGUCCCCACCCCAUCCUAUGGUGGCUUUAUCUUUCGUACCCACCUGUAUGCGAAAGUUGAGCUGGUUCCUGGCCACCUGGAGAGCCAGGUCACUGAGGCGAACGCCUAUCCAUUCCAGCUCACUUUGGACAAGCUGGAGCAAGCCCUGCUCGGGGCUAAGAUUGAGGGGAAAAAGGUCAGAGGCCUUGUGCUAAUCAACCCUCAGAAUCCUCUGGGAGACGUCUACUCCUGAGACUCAGUGAUGGAAUAUCUGGAAUUUGCCAAGAAGUACAACCUACAUGUGAUUAUAGAUGAGAUUUACAUGCUGUCUGUGUUUGAUGAAGCCAUCCCAUUCCAUAGUGUUCUGAACCUGGAGAGUUUGCCUGACCCCAACAAGACCCAUGUGAUCUGGGGCACCAGUAAGGAUCUCGGCAUCUCUGGCUUCCGCUUUGGCACCCUGUACACCUGCAACAGGGAGGUGGCCUCUGCCGUGAGCUCCUUUGGCUCCCUCCACAGCAUCUCUGGCGUCACCCAGUACAAGCUGUGUCACCUGCUCCAGGACGGAGUGUGGCCAAAGGAGAGCUGCCGUUUGGGCAAGUUGGUGUAG